AUGGAGCGCUACAGCUGCCGCGUCGGCCUUCUGCCCGUGCGACCGUUAUUUCUAUUGUCUCGUUCCUACCAGCUCGUGUACCUUUCAACUGAAAAUCCUGCAGAUUUCAGCGAAAUCAAUAUACGAGGCCGUCGUGAAAAAAGCAGGUACCGAAGAGAAGAAAAAUUGGAAGCAGAAAAUCGGGGCGAUAUUCUGACGGUGUCUGGUGAUGGAUCGUGGUCGAAACGCGGUUUCACGUCGCGCAUGGGUAUCGUGUCCGUGAUUGGAAAAUAUACUAACAAAAUUUUGGAUGUUGCUGUCAAAUCAAGCUUCUGCAAGGCUUGUGCAUUCUGGAAAGGACAAGAGGGAACACCCGAGUACGAGGCGUGGUUUGAGACGCAUGGAUCCGAAUGCAACGUCAAUCACGAAGACAGCGCGGGAAAAAUGGAAGUCGACGGUAUAAUCGAAAAAUUCAAGAGAUCAGAAGAAUUGCACAACGCGAAAUACGGUUAUAUACGGUAUAUAGAUACAAAAACAUUCAAUAUGUUAUUAGAAGCCAAGCCGUACGAUGACGAUUUGACGGUAAAAAAAAAAGGAAUGCGUUUUGCACGUGAGCGAGUAUAUAAAAGGGGAAACGAAGCAAGAAAAAGAAUAUUAUGGCUUGGCAGUUUGCGAAAUUUCAAUUCCGUGGAAAAUAUGAGGAAAGCCAUAUGGGCUACAUUUCAUCACAAAAGCUCAACUGAUGAAAAUCCUCAGCAUGAGUAUUGCCCUCCGGGAGAAGAUUCGUGGUGCGGAUGGCGCAAGGCCGAGGCCACAGGAGAGGAGUACACCCAUCCACCAGCACUCGACGAAGACGUACAACAAGUUUUAAAGCCGAUUUACGAUUUACGAUGAUCUAACAACGGAGGAUCUCUUAGAACGAUGUACGGGCGCGAACACUCAAAACAAUAACGAGAGCUUCAAUCACUGUGUGUGGCAACUAGCCCCAAAGCACGUAUUCUGCGGCAAGCAGAUAGUAGAAAUCGCUACGCAGUGUGCUGUGUGCACCUUCAAUGAAGGUUACGACCCAAUUUUAAAAAUUUUUGAGACGAUGGGAUGAUAGGACCGAGCGCCGCAGAUUUCGCCUCUAAGUACAAGAAUGCGCGCAUCACCCAAGCAAACCGCCGGGCGUCCCUGGAUCGCAAAGAGGCGAGGACAGCUCGUCGGACUGAACAAUCCAUUGAGCACGAUCUUUUCGAAGAAGCAGAAGGGAUAUUGUAUGGACCUGGCAUCGCUGAUUGACUGUAAGUAAACGAUUUACCUAAAAUUUCCUCACUUGAUACUUUGAACGCGUUUUUCUCGAAACAGCAUUUUUCAAAACGGUGUCGGAUUUGGAGGGCAGAGUUUUAAAGAUAUCGGGUUGAAUUU